AUGCAACCUAUUACUGCCUGCGGUUACAUACCAAUACUCUUGCUGAUUCUGGCUCUCCUUACUGGUACUCACGCCAUUCCGCUUGGAGACUCGGUCUACACCCACAACGACAACUGUCGUUACGAAGAAUUCUCCAUAUGCUCUAGUGCACAAAAAGAUCUUGACAAAGAAGUUAACACAAGUUCGUCGGAAGAUCAAGCGUCAGCAUCGUCGGACAUAAUACAUACCAUCGAAGAUUUAAGCCCGUGUAUUAAAAUUAUACUUGCUAUCGCUGGGCUUGUCAUUGCAAUCAUAUUAUUUUGCUUCGUUCAGUCAAUUUAUAGUCUAUGUUCCGGCCCACAAGAUAACACAAUACCGACUAUGCACAUACAUUGUUUUGUCUGUACGCAUAUCACAACAUUUAACCAUGGUGGGGAUCUCAAUCAAGGAGUUCCACGGCAAGAGUAA